AUGUCGACUAAUUCCAGUGAGCGCACGGUGAGUGCAACCGUGACGUCGUCGACAACCCCCACCAACCUCACUACCGCCCACCACCUUGUCUCCCUCAAACUCACGACCAAAAAUUAUUUAUUUUGGCGUACUCAGUUAAUACCAUUCCUACGCGGGCAAGGCUUGCUCGGUUAUGUCACUGGCGAUACACCAUGUCCGGCUGCGUUGAUCCUUCCGCCGGCGACCAGUGACGCAAGCUCCGGUGCCGCGCCGUCUACUCCGACCCCCAAUCCGGCGUAUGGUUUUUGGAUCCAACAAGACCAAAGCAUACUGUCGCUCCUUAUCUCGUCCUUAUUGGACGAGGUUAUGUAUCUUGCAGUGGGCAGAGAUACAUCCCGGGCGGUGUGGACGUCGAUCACUUCGGCGUUAGGAUCGUCGACGAGGGCAAGGUGCUUAAACCUUCUUGCGCAGUUUCAGAGUCUCCGUCAGGCCGACAGCUCGGCCGGAGAAUACGUUGGACGGGCGCAGCUGGUCGUGGAGGACUUUGCGCUCGCCGGCCGACCGGUGUCACUCGACGAACAGAACCUCUACGUCUUCUGA